AUGAAGAUUGAGCAGCAGAGGAAUUACUCAGAGGUAACAGAGUUCAUCCUGUUGGGAUUUGGAGCCCCUGCAAAGUUUCAAGUCUUCUUAUUCUUAGUUUUCUUGGUGAUCUACAUGAUCACCCUGGUAGGGAAUAUCAGCAUGAUAAUUGUCAUUAAGAUGGACUCCAGACUCCAAACACCUAUGUAUUUCUUCCUUAGAAACUUGUCUUAUUUAGAUCUCUGCUAUUCCACAGUCAUUGCUCCCAAAACCUUAGCCAACUUCUUGACAAGUGAGAAGAAAAUUUCCUACAAUGGUUGUGCUGCCCAAUUCUUCUUCUUUGCAUUGUUUGUUACAACUGAAGGCUUCCUUCUUGCUGUCAUGGCAUUUGAUCGAUUCUCAGCCAUCUGCUCCCCUCUCCUUUAUCCUGUGCACAUGUCACAAAAGGUAUGUGUUCAGUUGGUAUCUGGCUCCUACAUUUGUGGAUGCAUCAACUCCGUAGUACAAACAGGUUUCACCUUCAGCUUGCGUUUCUGUGGAGAAAACAGGCUGGACCACUUUUUCUGUGAUGUCCCAGCUCUGAUUAAGAUCUCAUGUGUUGACACCUUCGUGAAUCAGAUCGUACUGUUUAUUCUCUCUGCUCUCAUCAUCAUCUCCACCACAACAGUGAUUCUGAUUUCCUACGGCUACAUCCUUUCCACUGUCCUGAAGAUCCCCUCCACCCACGGCAGGAAUAAGACCUUUUCUACCUGUGGCUCACAUAUAGCAGUGGUGAGUUUAUUCUAUGGAACUGUGUUCUUCAUGUAUGCCCAGCCUGGGUCCAUCUCCUCACCAGAGAAAAGCAAGAUUGUAGCUGUGUUCUACACCCUUAUCAUCCCAAUGCUGAAUCCUCUAAUAUAUAGCCUAAGAAACAAAGACGUGAAAGAUGCUGUGAAAAAAAUAUUAGGUGGAAAAUGUUCUCAAUGA